UUCUGGUUGUAUUCUGUCCAUGACCAGACCUACAGUAUCUUUUCCCAGCGGUAAUCGUAGAUACAAGAUUAAUAGCACUAUGCAGCGGUCUGAUCAAUUGCUUGACUUUUCCAGGCACCGACACUGAAAGCGGCGUAAGAGCAGAUUUCUACAUGCUCAUCUAGCUCCAUCAGAAGGAGCACCAAAUGCAACCUAGCUGUUAGCAUCUUAGCCGCUGUUCCGUCCGCUUGAAGGCAUCAUUCAGUUCUACUCAUUGACUAUACAUAGUCUAUGGGAUUACAGAGAUCGGUAAAAUGACCUCAGCUUCCACUAAAGUUGGUGAGAUCUUCUCUGCAGCUGGAGCUGCCUUCACCAAACUAGGAGAGCUCACCAUGCAGCUUCACCCAGUGGCAGACUCCAGUCCUACAGGUUUCCACCUUCCCUCCAGUGGUCAGACGAAGAGCACAGUGAAGAGGAAGCUGUAUGAAGAUGGAGCUUUGCCUACCUCCUCUGAAGGAUCUAAGAAGGUCAUCAAGAUAGCCACCGCAACUGUUUCUAUGGCAGCACCGGGCACUCCAACUGUCAUCUCUGUGCCCUCAGGUCAGGUUGUUAUGGCCUCGGGAUUACAGGGUUCCCCCUCCAGCCAGCCCUCCCUGAAGAAACAGAAGACUGCAGAUGUGACCCUCAGUGCUCUGAAUGACUCAGAUGUCAACAGUGAUCUUGUGGACAUCGAGGGAUUGGGUGAAGGAUCGAACUCCAAAAAAAUCAACAACUUUGAUCAAGAUAACCUGAACCUGGACUCAAGCCUCAUAAUGAAUGCCGGUGACCUUCCUUUGCUCUCCCGCUGACCUUUCACUUCCUGUGGACUUCAUAGAAAUGAUGGAUAAAACUAUGAAAAUAACUUGUAAUAAACCAAAUGAUGCUGACCACAUGCAUCAGAGUGUAGUUCUGAAUAUCGUGUUGUGUCAUGCAGGACUCUUAUCCAAUCCACCGCAUCCCACUUUUGUGAGACUUGUGGGCACUAUCACAAAGAAUCAUUUCAAAUUUGAUUUUAAUAUUCUUUUUCACUUCAAGACAUUUUUAUUUUUGUACAUGAUUUCUUCUCCUCCUCAUUUUGCUUUGUAGGAACAUCCAGAAAAUCCCAAAAUUUAGAAGACAGACUUAAUGCAGUGAUGAGGCUCCCAAACACAGCAGAGAAUUUCAGCUGCGUCGACAAGAUGAAGCACAGGGAUUCAUUAGAAAGCGGAUAUUUGAACAUUGUAAACAGUAAUAUUUUAUUGCCAUGUUCUUGCCACAUUUGACAGUUGUAUUAGAAGAUGUCUCAGUAGUUAUGAGAGUAUUUAGAACAAUGAAGACAUUUUUGACUCGUGUAAUUGAUUCCACCAUAUUUUCAAUAUGAGUGUCGCAAGUCUUUAAUCCCAAAAUGUAUUUUCUUAAGAUAAAAUGUUAUUUGGUGAUAACAUAAAUUUUUUAACACUGUGCUAUCAAAAUGCCGAACACAUUCGAGUUGACAAUAAGUGUGGAAGCCAGUCAUUUAAGUUGUAAUAUGAAAAAAAAACACCCUUAACUCAAGGUCAACUUAGUGUGUCUAGUGUCUUUUUCUGAUCUUUCACCCACAUGUCAAAGUCUGCCCAGUUGUCAUAGAGAUGGCAUUAGCAGACUUCAUCUGCUGAUGAAGACUGGGAGAAAUGGGUGAAGGCUUUGGAAAAAGUUAGUGACUGGACAUUAACAUUUUUGUCUUUUUAAUUAGUUUUGUGAAAGAGGCUUAUUCUCUUUCUUUCUGAGCAUUAGAUGAGAAGAUCAAUAUGAAGCUCAUGUCUGCUGGGAGCACAGAGACAGGUGGUGUAGCUUAGCAGCGGCAGACAGCUAGCCACAGUUCAAAAAUACUCCACCGACACCUCUAAAGCUCAGGGCUAACGUGUUCAUCAUUCGCUGUUGUUUGUCUCGUGUUUUUCCAUGUGCUGGUCCUAUAGCAAUAACCCAUAUUUAUAUAAAAAACUUGAAAAACAUGACAAGUGAUUUGUUCUGUCAAUAAUGAAUAUAAAAACUGUUGAAUAUUACAGCAGAUUCAUAUUUUCUGAUAAUAUUGUUCCCCU